GCCGGCUGCUGAGGCUGCAUCCCGCGGGCGAGAGCGAAGCUAGUGAGUUUCUUUUCCGCCUCGGCCGGCGCCUUCGCGCUGCCGCCGGGCAGAUAACUCCAUUCAGCCAAGCCAAAGCAUACGUACGAAGCGGCCCACAGAAUCACUCUAUCUGUCAAGCUUUGCUCCGGAGUACAGCCCGAUUUGAUUUGACAAUGCUGUGCGGAUGAAGCAGCAGUGUCGUGUGUGUGAUAGCGAGCAGCUGUCGGAGAAAUGGAUCGCCGGCUUCGGACGGCCGACAAGUGAAACCGUUGGUGUCGAAGGGGUUCCUCGUUGCCCGCUGUGCGCGCGCUUGAAACGGUGCCACUGCAAGGAGCGUCCGUGGUGCCGGUGAUGGUUUCGCUUUCUCCGUGUAGCUGAUGCGUCGGGAGCAGCGGAUCGACCAGCUCGGAUUUUCGGCGGUGGUGGCGUCCUCUUCCGAUCAACGGCAGGGCAUCGCCGGAGCCCGCCGUCGUGACGCCGAACUCUUCCAUGCCGCCGCUGGGCGCUUCGCAGCGACGACGUCGAAUCAAAGGAUUCCGCGAUGUGGUCCAUGAGGAAACGGCGCUUUGCCCGAUUCGCGGCCGCCGGUGUGGCUGCGAUCACGGUGCUGGCCAGCCUGACCCACUUUGCCAGCAGCGCAACGCGGAUCUAUGACGGUCGAACUGUCACUGCGCGGCGCCGGUCCUUCGCGCUUCCCGUCUCGCUGCCGUCCCAGGCAGUUGCAAGUUCCAAGCAGACUCAGCAGCAGCCACGUCGAACAUUCACCAGCAGCCGCGUCUACAGUCCUCCCUUCGAGUACCUCAUCAACCAGGAGGGACUGUGUCGCGGCAACGGCACGGACGACCACCGGCACCGCAUCGACUACUUAUUCCUCAUAUCGUCCGCGAUGGGCAACGUAGACCGCCGCAACGCCAUCCGAGGCACCUGGGGACGCGACGUCCUCGCAUUCACCGGCAACCGGGUGGCCUUCUUGCUGGGCGCCGGCAACGACUCGAGGCUUCAGUCGGCCGUCGAGAGUGAGGCCUCGGUGCACGGCGACCUCAUUCAGGAGGCGUUCUUCGACUCGUACCGCAACGUUACGCUCAAGUCCAUCAUGAUGCUCCGGUGGACGACCCGCUUCUGUCCCGGCGCCCGGUUCGUCGUCAAAGUGGACGACGACACGUACCUGAACGCGGGCAACUUCUUCGCCGCCAUGCAGUCCCGCUCCGGAGACGCCAUCUACGGCAAGCUGUACCAGAUGAGCCAGCCCAUUCGCGACCUGACCAACAAGUGGUACGUGACGGCCGACGAGUACCCGGGCGACAUGUAUCCCGACUACGUCGGUGGUUCGGCCUACGUCAUCGGAGGCGACGUCGUCGACGCCCUGUAUCGGGCCACGGGACACGUCAGGCCGUUCCCGAUCGAGGACGCCUACAUCACCGGUUCGUGCGCCGAGAGCAUCGGCGUGCGUCGAGUCCAAGUCGAAGGGUUCAACUCGCUGCGCAUCGAGUCCGUGUGCGAGGUGAAGAGGGCGGUGACCGCGCACUACACGACCGCCAAGGAGAUGGUCGCCUUCCGCGAUCAGCUGCAGCGCACCGAAUUCGUGUGCCAGCGGCUCUUGUUUGACUUCGCCUACUUCUGUUACUGUCGCAAGGCCUCGGCUGUCACGUGACGACGAGAUCGCGACGAAGCCGCUAAGUGUUCUGUGAUCUUUUCGUACUGAUUGUUUUUGUUCAUUUUCACUCAUUACUUUUACCAGUUUGGUGCCUGUUUCAGCGCCGAAGUUUCCAUUACGAUGGCUCAUCGAUCAUUACUGCAGUUGUAUCACAACGGGCUCAUUCGCAGCGACAUCUCACGAACCUGCCAAGAAUUAUUGUGAUGCAAGUCGCCGCACACUCACCGGACAUCACGCACUGGACGCUGCUCUGCGACGUCGACUCAGUCUAAUCGAUCUGUUGAUUUUAUUUCAUUAUCUCACGUUUAUGUGAUCUUAAGGAGGCAACCGAUGUCGGUGUUGUUUUUCGUGUUUUUAUUUUUCUCUGUGUCAUGACGCUUACGUAGGGACAUUGAAUGUUAAUUUUUUCUUUCUUCCUAUUAUAUGGAGGAAGUCGUUUUUUGUAUGCAAUGUUGCGCUUCCAGGUCGUUCACCGUCCGAGCAAUUUGCCUGUUUUGCGUACUGCGUUGUUUCAAAGUAUAUACCGCCGUGUACCAUGCACAUUUCCGUGGUGAUUUCGGCCCCGCCGCGCCGCUAAGUACGCAAUCACUCAUUUGUGUGAGAUGGAACGUACUCACGCCAGCAUACUUAGGGACCAGGAAUGUUCCGUCUGUCUAUAAAAAUGUUAUUCCUUGUUAAUAUAAACAUACACCACUUUUGGGAAGAUUUUAAAGCGCAGACCAAGAGAAAAACUGUCAUCUCACGACCAUAUAGGUAUGCGAAACAUAUUUAUUGAAUUUCAGCGGACCAAAAGUCGGCUGAAAAUAUCGCGCAGGUAACGUGUGGUGUUGUGAACUUAAAGGAACGCUUUUAACACUCGCCACGACCAGACAGAUUCAGUAAUCGUAGGGUUAAUGUUUCCGUUGUUUUAUUCGGGCCGAUAGACUGUUGUUCUCCCUGUGAGCAUAGCACGAACAAACGCCUAGAGGUUGUUUAUUUUUCCGCGUGACAUCAAAUACUUGCUCAUUUGGCAUUUCUCAAUACCGACGCAACUAUACUUAUUCUCAUAGGCGCCUUUCGCUGUUGUGACAGGGGCAUUGCUUCUGAAAAGUAUUGUUUGGUUGUGAACUUGGCCUUAUAUUGUGCUUUUAUUACUGUUCCUAUUUCACCAUUUCACGGGAAAAUGCCGAAGCCUAGUAGUGGCUUUAGUCACUGCUAAACACUGUGUGAUGCGUAUUUGAUUACGUUUUGAAUACAGGAUAAUGCGGCUUUCAUAGAGCUAUCUCAGUAUGCAGCGUUGCUUAAAAUAUUGAUAGUCAGAAAAGCCACCACUGUACAGCUGUGUUAGUUAUAGAACACUGUAGCACAUACACGCAAAGUCUGUAGCGAGCGCGUCCAUACACGCAGAUAUAGCAUUUUGUGACCACCUCUAUAGUGUUCUGAUGUAGUGUUUCGUAGAAGACAAGCUGAUGGUGUUGAAUGGUAUGUUGAAAGAUCGUUGUUGGUUUUAGACCGGUGUUUGCCGAUGAAGAUGUGCGACUGAAGAAAGCCUAAGCGCUUCAUCUGUGUUUUUUUUCUUAUACUGGAAGCAUAAGUAUAUGGUACUUGCGAUCUGUUAAAAUCUCGAAUAUCCAAGAAUCUAAAUUUAUACGAAUCGUCCCGUUGGCUUGCGCAACUACGUGCGCAUUUUUCAGGGUCACAGUGCCAAAAAAAAAAAAAUAAUUGUGACAGUUCGUCAAACAUAGAAACGCAAGUGAGUGAUGUUGUUACCCACAGAAGUUACGUGAAGAAUCUUUAUUUCAUGAAAAAUAAAGCGAAUAUCACGCUGUUUAAACGUCA